UUGAUGUCUUUGCGAGCAAUCUUGAACCCGUCGAACUUGUUUGGACUUCGCCAAGAGGCUUUCACAGCAAUGGCCAAACUGGAAGCAAACCUUCAAGAUCUUGCUCCUGGAUUUCUGCUGCUAGUGUAUAAGAAGGUUCUGGCUGCCUUACUGCCAGCUUUGAACAUGCAUGCGGCCACAAUUCAAGGCUGCAAAGACAGACAUGACUUGCUCAUAGAGGUCGUUAAGCUUGCGUUGGAGGAGAUGCGAACAAUGUUGGAGCCCAAGUUUCCAAAGGAGAUUUCUUGGGACAAGAUCACCCAAAUGGGGCUCGUGACGAUGACGAUUGACGAGUUGCUGACUGUAUCAAUGACAAUUGAUGUAUCAAAUCCUGCAAGUUUUCGCAGGGUGCUGGAGCAGAAGUUUUUUCGGGCGAUUUGGAAAUCGGUUUCGCAAGAGAUGACCAUGCAGUUGAGGGACAGCAAAUUUGCAGGCAUCAACCUUGAGGAAGUCAUUGAACUAGUGGAUUUUGAAGAUAUUCAGCAUGCAAUCCGCCAUCCAAACCAGUUUCUGGAGAUGCUUGCAAGGAGAACUGGCCAAGCAGCGUUGAAGCUGGCUACAUUGCAGCUCAAACCGCUCCUUGCGCUUCCACAAGGUAUAGAUUGGAGAGAUCUCGAAUUGGAACUGGAGAAGCUGGAUCUUAAGACCUUGCGCUUAGCGAUUACCAAUUCAAGAACCCGAGAAGCUCUGUGGAAGUCAAUCAGUGGCCGGUCGCUAUCUUUUGCCAGGCGCAUUGCCCUUGCACAGGCCUGGCCGGUGUUGAAGCAACGCCUGCCACCAGUGAUCACUUUGCAAGACAUGCAGUACAUCACUGCUGAGCUAAAGGUCAGAGUCUUGCAGAGCGCGGUAGAGGACCCGAAAUCUUUCAUCACCUGGAUCUCCCAACAGGUUUCGCCUGUGGCCAUUAAAUUUGCGUUGGCGAGACUCCGACCGCAACUUGAGAAGCACCUACCGCCAGGCAUUCUGUGGAAAGAUACUGCGCGGGUGCUGGAACAUUUGGAGAUCCAGGACAUCCAGGAGGCGCUCACGGACCCUCGCAGUUUCUUCAAGUCUUUGGCGACGCGGACUGACAAGAUUGGAACCGAAUGGUGGGUUGUGCAAGUAAAGCGCCAGCUUGAGCCUCGGAUGCCUGCAGGCGUAAAAUGGGAAAAAUUGGCUGACAUCCUAAAGUUCCUCACCAUUCGGGAGCUAAACGAUGCUAUGAACCGCCCACGAAGGUUUAUGCUGUCCCUAACAAAGCGUGGUGGCCCGAUUGCUUUAAAGUGGAUGGUGGCCAGCCUACAACCAAGCUUGGAGGCCUUGUUGCCCAUUGGUAUCCCUUGGCAAGAUGUUCAGGUAGAGCUUCUGCGCUGUGACAUGACUGCAUUGAAAAAAGGCCUUCAGGAGCCACAAGCCUUGUUGGAUUCACUGAUCCGACAGACAGGCCCACUUGCAGCCAAAUUUGCCAUACAGCAGGCGAAACCUGUGCUCCAGACCCUUGUAGAAAAGGGCGUGAGCUGGAAAGACAUUGAAGACUCCUUGAAGGCAGUUGAAAUUCACGACCUGGUUGAGGGUUUGAAAGAUCCACGUAGGUUCAUAGCGGAGGUAGAGAGAACUGCGGGGCCACCAGCACGCGCGUGGGUUUUGGUCAAAGUCAAGGCUGCGGUGGCGGCCGUGCUGCCGCCUGACGUUACAUGGGAAGAUUUGGAUGGCAUAGAAAACACCGUCGGUGAGAUGAGUUUAGAGGAACUGCGCCAAGAUUUGAUGCAGCCAAACCGGCUCUUGAUGUCGUUGGCUUCAAAAUUCCACCCGUUGGCUGUCAAAAUCGUGCUGCAGAGACUUUGGGGCAGUUUAGAGGAGAUGAGCCUUGUCAAG